AUGGAUAACGAGGAAGCUGUUUAAAUACUGAUAUUAAAAUCUUAGUAAUAGGUAAAAAUGGUCAAUAUGCUUAAUUCUCAACUUGAGAAAUCGAAUAACGAAAAAUCCGAAUUGCGAUUUCAAGUAAAUGUGCAUUACUAAUCAUCAGCUAAUUGCCUUAUAAAAUGAUAAUAUGACAUUAAGAAGAGAAAAAGAAGGGUUACACUUUCAACUCGAAUAACUGUCGAAACAAUUAAUGAAUAACGACUAGAAAAAAGAUGCUCAAAUUGGAUAAUCAAAUUUGGUCGAAUAAAGUUUGCAAUAAUAAGACAAUAGGAAAAAUGAUUCAUCUCAAAUAAAAUAGGAGUUGAUAGAAAAGGAAUAUCAAAAGUUAUUAAAUGAAAAUACUAAGGUGCUUAAAACAGUGUAAGAUUUGGAAGGAAAAAAUUAAUUACAAGCCAUUAAAAUUGAAUAACUUUAACAUCAAAUAUUAGAAAUAUAAAAUGAGGUCAACUUCAAAGAAGCACUUAUUAAAAAAAAAGAUAAUCACAUAUAGGAUUACGAAAGAAGGAUAUCUCAUCUAAUUGAUUCGCAUUAAGAGUAAAUCUUUGGAAUGGAACAUCAAAUUUAAAAAAUGAGGGAUUAUAUGUUAUAAAGUUAUCAUCAAAAUGGAAUCGAGAAUUAAAAUCACUAAGUUGAAAUGUCCAAGCUAUUAUUCAAUACAGGGAAUUCGAAUCAAAAUACUAAUAUCUUAUUAAAAAAUGAUUAAUAAUAGAAACAAUUGCCAUAAAAUUCUAUUCCUCCAUUAUAACAGUUGCCAGUAUAUAAAUGAAAAAGUAUUAAUAGUUAUCUGGAGAGAGAUUUAAUACCGACAUCAAUGAACUCUAAGCACCAUCAUCUGGAAGACAACAGGCUAAACAAAGUACUGCCAAUCCAGGACAGAUGAGACAAUCUAAUGAGCAGAAUACCUUUUAACUCAACACUGUGUAGUCUGAGUUUAGUAGUAUAUCUUAGCCAAAAGUGUCUGAAAGAUUUAAGAAUAGUGAUUAUAAUUGA